AUGCUAUGGCUACGACCCGGAAACGAAGCAGCAAUCAUGUCCGUGGAAGCAUCCAACGUCACUACAACCCCAAAAAGCGCGUCAAUGAAGUUCAAUGUCAAGACGAUGCUGAUUUGUUUCUUUGAUGUGAACGGAAUUUUGCACAAAGAAUUUGUUCCUCCUGGUCAAACCGUUAACCAGACUUUUUACUUGGAAGUCCUGAAGCGUUUGCCAGACAAGACUUUGAUUUUCUCUUUCUUUCUUUCUUUCUUUCUUUUUUUCUUUCCCACUCUUUCUCUCACUCUCUCUCUCUUUCUCUCUCUCUCUCUCUUUAUCACUUAUUUUCUCUUUCUCUUUCUUUUUUCUUUCUCUUUCUGUCUCUUUUUCUCAAUCUCUAUUUCUCUCUUUCCCAUUAUUUUUUCUCUCUCUCUCUUUUUUUUUUAUCCUCUCUCUUUGAUCUUUUUUUUCUCUUUCUUUUUCUCUUUUCUUUUCUCUCUCUUUCUUUUUCACUUUAUUUCUCUUUUUUUCUUUCUUUCUUUCUUUCUCUCGCUCUCUUUCUUUCUCUCUCUUUCUCCCUUUCUUUCUCUCUUUCUCUCUCUCGUUCUCUCUCUUUCUAUCUCUCUUUCUAUCCCUCUUUCUCUCUCAUUUUUUCUCUUUCAAAGUCUCUCUCUCUUUUCUUUCUCUCUUUCUUUUUCUUUCUCUUCUCUUUCUCCUCUUUCUCUCUCUUUCUUUUCUUUCUUUUCUCUCUUUCUCUCUAUCUAUAUAUAUAUAUAUAUAUAUAUAUAUAUAUAUAUUUAUCUCUCUUAUGUUUUUUCCUUUAUAAAACGGCCAACGUUGCGACAUCUGUACAAAACAUUACAAUACCUAUAA